AUGACAGAAAAUCAUACACAGAGUAAAGAGGGCGAACAUGAAGUUGGGAAAAAUGGGGAGGACCUGUAUCCACUGGCUCUUUUGAUGGAUGAACUUAAACAUGACGACAUUGCCAAUAGAGUUGAGGCAAUGAAGAAACUGGACACGAUCGCUCUUGCGCUUGGUCCACAAAGAACCCGAGACGAAUUGGUUCCGUUCCUGACAGAGGUCGCACAAGAUGACGAGGACGAAGUAUUUGCAGUUCUCGCAGAGCAACUAGGUAAGUUUGUUCCUUACAUUGGGGGCAGUAAAUUUGCAACCCUUUUACUACCUGCACUAGAAAUUCUCGCAUCCACUGAAGAGACCCUGGUCAGGGAUAAAGCCGUGGAAUCCCUGAACAAUAUCGCACAAGAACUUUCAGAAGACCAACUUUUUCACGAUUUUAUCCCUCUAAUUGAGCAUCUAGCGACAGCUGAAUGGUUCUCAUCGAAAGUUUCUUCUUGCGGGCUUUUCAAGUCUGUCCUGGCACGCGUUAAGGAUGACAAAUUUAGAAAGGAAUUACUAGCGCUUUAUUUGCAGCUAAUUCAAGAUGACACCCCUAUGGUUAGAAGAGCCGCUGGCAAGAACCUUCCUACUUUGAUAGACUUGCUGACCCAAAAUCCGGAUCUCUCUACCGCUGAGGAUUGGGACUACAUUUCCAACAUGUUCCAGAAAGUUAUUGGUGAUUCUCAAGACUCUGUAAAAUUUCUAGCCGUGGACAUAUUGAUCUCAAUAUUGAAGUUUUUCAACAAAAAGAAAGAUAUCACUCAUUCCAAAGAUCUAUUACAUUCUGCAGUUCAAAUGAUUGGUGACGAAGCUUGGAGGGUUCGUUAUAUGGCUGCUGAUAGAUUCGAUGAAUUGGCAUCGCAAUUUGCAUUCGAUUCACAUUAUAUCGAGGAGCUAACAAGUCCUUUUCUUGCACUAUGUGAAGAUAACGAAAGUGAUGUAAGAAAGGCGGUUGCAAAGCAACUGCCAGGUUUCUCAAAACUUCUGGGAAAUCCUGAAAUAAUUUUGAAGAAGAUUCUACCAGCUGUACAGAAUUUGAGUAUGGACGAGAGUGAGGCUGUAAGAGCUUCAUUAGCAUCGGAAGUCACCAACCUCGCCCCCUUGCUCCAAAAACAAGAUGCAAUUGACCAUUUGAUUCCAAUUCUGUUGAACAUGCUUAAAGAUGAAUACCCAGAUGUCCGUCUGAACAUCAUUGCCAAACUCAAAGUGGUUAACGAUGUGGUUGGUAUCACCUUGUUGUCCGAAAACCUUCUGCCUGCGAUUACCGAAUUAGCAAAAGAUGUUAAUUGGAGAGUGAGAAUGGCUAUAAUUGAUUAUAUCCCCUUACUUGCUGAGCAAUUAGGUGUGGAAUUUUUUGAUCAGCAACUUGGAGAUCUAUGUCUUUCAUGGCUAUGGGAUACCGUUUAUUCCAUAAGGAAUGCUGCCGUGGUAAAUCUAAGAAAAUUAACAGAAAUCUUCGGUUCCGAUUGGUCUAGAGACGAAAUCAUUGCUCGUUUACUAAAAUCCGACUCACAGUUACUGGAAAAUUUCGUUUAUCGAAUUACAUUACUAAAUGCAUUGACUGAAUUGGUACCUGUCGUGUCAUUGGAAGUUGUUAAUGACAAGAUUCUUCCUUUUAUCAAUCACUUGGCUGAAGAUGCUGUACCAAAUAUAAGAUUCAAUGUUGCAAAAUCUUACGCUGUGGUGAUCGAGAGCUUUUGCAAAGAUAAGCCCAAGUACCUGGAGCUCAUCAACACUUCAAUUAUCCCUGCUUUGGAAAAGCUUUGCAACGAUGAAGAUGUUGACGUUAGAUACUUUGCCAGUCAAAGUCUAGAAGAGGCAAAGGCUUGCUUGAAUUGA